AUGGUUUCAAAUAUGAAGGUAAAGUCUAUUUCAUCUCGUGAUGCUCUUCGCUCAAUUAUCGCCAGUGAAGUUCAGAAUUUAAACAUCUGUACAUUGUCACAAAUACUUCCGUCUGCAAAGCUUAAUAGGAAUAUUAAACGUUGGAGGCAAACUGAUUCCAGCCAUUCUGCCACCCCACUUACAAAUGUUGAGUUUCCCAUUCCAAGUGAAUACUCCUACCUUGACAAUGAUGAAACAUUUUUACAGUAUGACAGCGAGAUGAAAGAUUCAAAACAAAUACUAAUAUUGGCAAGUGACGAAGCACUUUGGCAGUUAAAACAGCACAAGAACUGGGCGGCAGAUGGAACAUUUAAGUGCUGCUCUAAUAUAAUUUUUCACAUAACUCGUCCCCAUCUGAUUGGAGAUGCAUAUUUCUGCACAACGCCAGCCACUUUCCCCAUCUUCCUCUCCGUAUUCUUUAGUUCCCUAUUCACCCAUUCAUUUCCGAAUCCAAAUCUUGUCUGUGAUGCAGUCUUCAAAUUCACUGUUUCUACGACGAUUCACACAUUUAAUCUAGCUUUUAAAAUCUUCAUUCAGCAAAAAUGUUCUGACGACAAUGGCAGUUACGAUGGUGAGGAUGAGGAUGAUGAUGAUGAUGAUGACAACGAACUGAAUGACAAUGUUGCUCAAUGUGGUUCCCGGCUGCUGUUGCUGCUGAUGACAAUCACGUUGGAUAAUUUGGACAUAAUUAUUGCCAGCAACAUAUUUGGAGGUUUUGACGAUGGAGGGCUCCUUGCUCGUGCAGAAGCACUGGCCGCCGUAGACAUCACGAAAACCACAUCACCGCAAAUAAUGAAACAUGACAGUAUAUACGGACAUUCGGACUUUGCUGGACACACACCGAAUACUUCGCGGAGUCAAAUGUCUUCGGCACUUCACAGUUUUGGUCCAAAUACGGACACGAUGCUGGACCAACUCACAACCAACGCCGGCGGCAUGCCGUUCGGUAGUAUGCCGGAACACCACCCAAGCGCCAGUUCUCAUGGCCAUCACAAUCAUCAGAUGUACACUCCGAUGUAUAGUACUCAUCAAAAUACCAUGAAUACCCACCACACCAUAACGGCUCAUCACCCAGGAGUGCAUCAUUCGAGCAUGAGAAAUUCCGACUGCGACCCACGAGAAUUAGAAGCGUUCGCCGAGCGCUUCAAACAACGUCGAAUCAAACUCGGAGUGACUCAAGCAGAUGUAGGCAGUGCCCUGGCUAACCUGAAACUUCCAGGCGUAGGUUCACUCAGUCAGAGUACUAUCUGCCGUUUCGAAUCGUUGACGUUGAGUCACAACAAUAUGAUUGCAUUAAAACCUGUAUUACAGGCGUGGCUAGAAGAAGCAGAGAAACAGGCAAGAGAGAAGAAAGUUGAAGGAGAGACUGGGGUGAUGCCUAUUCACGGCGAAAAGAAAAGGAAAAGAACGUCUAUAGCAGCUCCGGAGAAGCGAUCGCUUGAAGCCUACUUUGCCGUACAACCAAGACCUUCGGGGGAAAAAAUCGCCCAAAUCGCAGAAAAGUUGGACUUGAAAAAAAAUGUAGUUCGAGUUUGGUUUUGUAACCAAAGACAAAAGCAGAAAAGAAUGAAAUUUUCUGCAGCUGCGUCACACUGAAAAUUGCAUAUAUUUAUUUAUAACGCACUAUGACAUUUGCACUUACUAAAAAAUAUAUAUACAUACACAGGUAUGUUAUACAUGUAUUAUAUAUAUAUAUAUCAAAUAUGAUGAGUACC